AUGACUACUACAUUUGAAUAUUCCUUUCUAGUGUGGGUACUUACUGGCAGCAUGAACACUGGACGAUAUCAUCACACAGCAUCCAUAUUGGCAAACGGAAAUGUCUUAGUGGCUGGUGGAUACAAUGGUGCCUUUUUGAGUAGUGUAGAAUUGUAUGAUACAUCUACUGGAGUCUGGACAACUACUGGCAAUAUGAACACUAUACAUGACAUUCACACAGCAUCUAUAUUGUCAAACGGAAAUGUUCUAGUUGCUGGUGGGCAGGAUAGUAGUGGUCCCGCAGUGAGUGGUGCAGAAGUGUACAACCUAUCCACUGGAGUCUGGACAACUACUGGCAGUAUGAGUACUGCACGCUUUUUUCACACAGCAUCCAUAUUAGGAAAUGGAAAUGUCUUAGUUACUGGUGGAUACGAUGGUAGUUUUUAUUUGAGUAGUGCAGAAGUGUAUAAUCCAUCUACUGGAGUCUGGACAACUACUGGCAGUAUGAGUACUGCACGAGAAGUCCACACAGCUUCCAUAUUGGCAAAUGGAAAUGUCCUAGUUACUGGUGGAUACGAUGGUACUACCGUACUGAGUAGUGCAGAAGUGUAUAAUCCAUCUACUGGAGUCUGGACAACUACUAGCAACAUGAACACUGCACGAGAAGUCCACACAGCAUCCAUAUUGGCAAACGGAAAUAUUUUAGUUGCUGGUGGAUUCAAUGGUGCCUUUUUGAGUAGUACGGAAGUGUAUAAUCCAUCCACUGGAAUCUGGACAACUACUGGCAACAUGAACGGUGUACGGGCAUAUCACACAGCAUCUAUAUUGACAAAUGGAAAAGUCUUAGUUGUUAAUGGAAAGCAUAGUAGUAGUACUUAUUUGAGUAGUACAGAACUAUAUGGAUGA